GACCCUUGAAACCAGAGAUUACCAUAACUUACAUUGCCGUUUCAACUAUAUUCUUUAACAGUGGACUCUCCUUAAAAACUGAGGAGCUGACAAGUGCUUUGAUGCAUGUGAAACUACACCUUUUUGUCCAGAUUUUUACACUUGUGUUCUUCCCAACAGCAAUCUGGGUCUUUCUUCAGCUAUUAUCAAUCACACCUAUAAAUGAAUGGCUUUUAAAAGGCUUGCAGACAGUAGGCUGCAUGCCACCUCCUGUGUCUUCUGCUGUAAUUUUAACCAAAGCUGUUGGUGGAAACGAGGCAGCUGCUAUAUUUAACUCAGCUUUUGGAAGUUUUUUGGGCAUUGUUAUAACUCCACUUCUGCUUUUGCUUUUUCUUGGAUCGUCCUCCUCUGUGCCUUUCACAUCUAUAUUCUCGCAGCUGUUUAUGACUGUUGUAGUCCCUCUCAUUAUUGGACAGAUUGUCCGAAGAUACAUCAAGGACUGGCUUGAAAGGAAGAAGCCUCCAUUUGGUGCUAUCAGCAGCUGUGUGCUCCUGAUGAUCAUCUACACCACCUUCUGCGAUACUUUCUCCAAUCCAAAUAUCGACCUUGAUAAAUUUAGCUUGGUUAUAAUAGUGUUCAUAAUAUUUUCUAUUCAGAUGAGCUUCAUGUUUUUGACUUUCCUCUUCUCUACAAGGAACAACUCUACUUUCACACCAGCAGACACAGUGGCCAUCAUUUUCUGUUCCACACACAAAUCCCUCACUCUGGGGAUUCCCAUGCUGAAGAUAGUAUUUGCUGGUUAUGAGUACCUGUCCUUAAUUUCUGUCCCCUUGCUCAUCUAUCAUCCUGCUCAGAUUCUUCUUGGCAGUCUCUUGGUACCAACGAUAAAAUCUUGGAUGGUUUCUAGGCAAAAGGCACUGAAGUUAACCAGGCAGCCCAAAGCACCCGUGAAGGUCUAAUUGUGGAGAUGACCUGUGUCACAGUGAAUGUAUAUAUGUACUAUACUGUACACAUGGACAAUUGAGACAACUGGGUAUUUGUGAAUGUUGCUUCAGUGCAUAUUUUAUAUAUAUAUAUUAAAAGAUACCUGUUAAGUGCCUUACAGAUGCAUUUUUGGCAAAAAAAAAAGAAGCAUCGUUUCCAGAAGCCACUUUGUUGGUUACUGCAAGAGGUUGUACAGUAUUUUGGAGUCCUUUAGUUUUUUAUUUUUCUAACUGAGUGAAUGGUCAUGACUGACAGCUGUUUCUUCCACUGCCCCUGCUUUGAAGCCAGGGUGCACCAGCUGUAAGUCUCUGUUUUAAACUAGCCAAAAUGACCAGAAGCUACCCCACUGCUGGCUUACCCUGGGGAAGAGCUUUCUGAAGGGUUUUUAUUUUUUUUUUUCUGAGAUUGACUUGAAUUUCUGUGUGACUCUGUUACACUCCCUAGUCAUAUGACUGUGACAUGCCUUUUUCUUCUGAGUUUGUGUAUACUCAGCAUGGGGCCAUCCAUUGGAUAGAAGCUGAGGAGCAUGAAUUAUUUGCAUUUG